AUGCAUACCAUAUGGAGAGGCACAUAUGAGGGAUGCAGAGGUGGGAAGAAAAUGCUGACGGUGUAUCUGAAAGCAGCCGCCACCCGCGAACAAAUGUCCGAAGCUCGUGUGCCUCUCGCCUACCGCGACGCUUGCGCCCAUCUCCUCAUCCCUUUGAAUCGAUGUCGAUACGAGUCGUACUAUCUGCCGUGGAAGUGUGGCGACGAACGACACAGCUACGAAAAAUGCCAGUACGACCUUUUCCGCGAGCGAGUGAAGAAGAUGGACGAGAUCCGCGAGCAGAAGGGCGGCGCACGAAGCAAUUAA